CGUCCGCGCCGCAUCUGACCCAGAGCUGGGGCGGCACAGGGGCGGGGAGGCAGAGGAGGUAGCCGGGCUGGGUAUGCACCCCGGAGCCGGCCACCUCUUGUGAGCGAGGCAGCGUGCUGGCUCCGGGGGCGGGUCGGUAACGGGAGGGAGGCCCGCACGGACGCCGGGGCGCCUGGCCCUGCCGCUCGGGCUUCGGGGCGCCCCCAACGCGCUGAGGGUGGCCAGGACUCCGUUUCCGGGAGUGGGCGCCUCAGCCUCGGUCAGGUGAGGCUUAGGGGCAUGAUGGCAACCACAGUCAAGAGGCAGAGGCUGAGGAGGCCUGGCUGUUGGGCCUUGCUGCUUGUGCUCCUGGCCGACCUGUUGGCGCUGAGUGACACAUUGACUGUGAUGUCUGUGGACCUGGGCAGUGAAUCCAUGAAGGUGGCCAUCGUCAAGCCUGGAGUGCCCAUGGAGAUUGUUCUGAACAAAGAAUCACGGAGGAAAACGCCUGUGAUGGUGACCCUGAAGGAGAAUGAAAGAUUGUUUGGAGACAGCGCUGCAGGCAUGGCCAUCAAGAACCCGAAGGCCACCCUGCGUUACUUCCAGCACCUCCUGGGGAAGCAGGCGGAUAACCCGCACGUGGCCCUUUAUCAGACCCGUUUCCCUGAACACGAGCUGAACUUCGACCCACAGCGGCAGACCGUGCGCUUCCAGAUUAGUCCGCAGCUGCAGUUCUCCCCCGAGGAGGUGCUGGGCAUGAUUCUCAAUUAUUCCCGCUCCUUGGCUGAAGAUUUUGCUGAGCAGCCCAUCAAGGAUGCGGUGAUCACAGUGCCAGCCUUCUUCAAUCAGGCCGAGCGCCGGGCUGUGCUGCAGGCCGCCCGCAUGGCUGGCCUCAAAGUGUUGCAACUCAUCAACGACAACACGGCCACCGCCCUCAGCUAUGGUGUCUUCCGCCGCAAAGAUAUCAAUGCCACUGCCCAGAACAUCAUGUUCUAUGACAUGGGCUCCGGCAGCACCGUGUGCACCAUCGUGACCUACCAGACGGUGAAGACCAAGGAGGCCGGCAUGCAACCCCAGCUGCAGAUCCGUGGGGUGGGGUUUGACCGCACCCUAGGGGGUUUGGAGAUGGAGCUGCGGCUGCGGGAGCACCUGGCUGGGUUAUUCAAUGAGCAGCGCAAAGGCCAGGGAGCAAAGGACGUGCGCGAGAACCCGCGGGCUAUGGCCAAGCUGCUCCGUGAGGCCAAUCGACUCAAAACCGUCCUGAGUGCCAACGCUGACCACAUGGCACAGAUCGAGGGUCUGAUGGAUGAUGUGGACUUCAAAGCGAAAGUGACCCGAGCGGAGUUUGAGGAGCUGUGCACAGACCUGUUUGAGCGUGUGCCUGGGCCUGUACAGCAGGCCCUGCAGAGUGCCGAGAUGAACUUGGAUGAAAUUGAGCAGGUGAUUCUGGUGGGCGGGGCCACUCGGGUCCCCAAAGUUCAGGAGGUGCUGUUGAAGGCUGUGGGCAAGGAGGAGCUAGGGAAGAACAUCAAUGCGGACGAAGCAGCCGCCAUGGGGGCCGUGUACCAGGCAGCUGCCCUUAGCAAGGCCUUCAAGGUGAAGCCAUUUGUGAUCCGAGAUGCCGUGGUCUACCCGAUCCUGGUGGAGUUCACCAGGGAGGUGGAGGAGGAGCCCGGGGUGCACAGCCUGAAACACAACAAGCGGGUGCUCUUCUCCCGCAUGGGGCCCUACCCUCAGCGCAAAGUCAUCACCUUCAACCGCUACAGCCAUGACUUCAACUUCCACAUCAACUACGGGGACUUGGGAUUCCUAGGGCCAGAGGAGCUCCGGGUAUUUGGUUCACAGAAUCUGACUACAGUGAAGUUAAAAGGUGUAGGGGAGAGCUUCAAGAAGUACCCCGACUACGAGUCCAAGGGCAUCAAAGCUCACUUCAACCUGGAUGAGAGUGGGGUGCUCAGUCUGGACAGGGUGGAGUCUGUGUUUGAGACCGUGGUGGAGGAUAGCCCGGAGGAAGAAUCUACUCUGACCAAACUUGGCAACACCAUUUCCAGCCUGUUUGGAGGAGGUGCCACACCAGAUACCAAGGAAAAUGGUACUGACACUGUGCAGGAAGAAGAGGAAAGCCCAGCUGAGGGUGGCAAGGAUGAGCCCGGGGAGCAGGCAGAGCUCAAGGGAGAAGCAGAGGCCCCAUCAGCAGAAGAGACCACCCAGCCCCCAGCCCCAGAGCCGGAGGCGGACACAGGCCCUGAGGCAUCAAAGGCCACUGACAAGGAGACUGGGGACAAACCUGAGGCCCUGAAGCCAGGUGAGAAGGGGGAAGUGGGGCCUGAGGGCACACCUGCAUCCCCAGAAGAGAAGAAGCCCAAGCCAGCCCGGAAGCAAAAAAUGGUAGAGGAGAUCGGAGUGGAGCUGGUGGUUCUGGAUGUGCCGGACUUGCCAGAGGCUGAGCUGGCUCGCUCAGUGCAGAAACUGGAGGAUUUGACCUCCCGGGACCUGGAGAAGCAGGAGCGGGAGAAAGCUGCCAACAGCUUGGAGGCUUUCAUCUUUGAGACCCAGGACAAGUUGGACCAAGCCGAGUACCAGGAGGUGUCAACUGAGGAACAGCGGGAGGACAUCUCGGGGAAGCUCAAGGCCGCCUCCACCUGGUUAGAAGAUGAGGGCUUUGAGGCCACCACCAUGAAAUUGAAGGAGAAGCUGGCUGAGCUGAAGAAACUGUGCCAAGGGCUAUUUUUUCGGGUAGAAGAGCGCAGAAAGUGGCCAGAACGGCUAUCAGCCCUCGAUAAUCUCCUCAACCAUUCCAGCAUGUUCCUCAAGGGGGCCAGGCUCAUCCCAGAGAUGGACCAGAUCUUCACGGAGGUGGAGAUGACCACGUUAGAGAAGGUCAUCAAUGAGACCUGGGCCUGGAAGAAUGCAACAGUGGCUGAGCAGGCCAAGCUUCCUGCCACAGACAAGCCUGUGUUGCUCUCGAAAGACAUCGAGGCCAAGAUGAUGGCCCUGGACCGUGAGGUGCAGUACCUGCUCAAUAAGGCCAAGUUUGCCAAGCCCCGGCCCAGGCCCAAGGACAAGAAUGGAACCCGAGCAGAGCCUCCCCUCAAUACCAGUGACAGUGAGCAGGGGGAGAAGGUCAUCCCCCCAGCAGGCCAGGCUGAAGAUGUGAAGCCCAUCCCAGAACCUGGAAAAACAGAGACGCAAUCUGAACCUGCAGACUCAGAGCCUCUGGAGUUAGGCGGGCCUGGAGUAGCAGAGUCUGAACAGGAGCAGCCAGCACGACAAAAGCAGCCUGUGAAGAAUGACGAAUUAUAACCCUCACCUUCCGCCUCCUCGCCCCUCGUUUGUCACAACCCCUCCUUCUCCUGCCACUUCUAUUUAUUAAACAUUGAGAGGAGGGGUUGGUCCUGCCCUCUGGGACGCCUUUUCUCUCACCUGAGACUGGAGCAUGGAGAAAGGGAAGGAAGAGCAGCUCACCAGUUCCUUCUGGAACAGCUCUGUGGUUAAAACCAGAAUUUUCUCCAUCUCUCUCCCACCCCUGGCUUCUGACCCAUCCAGGCCCUACCCUGGGGAAGAAUCACUAUUGGGGCUUAAUGCUUUGCCUUGCAGGAGGGCGAGGGAACAACCUACAGUGGCUUGAAUGGGCCUGGAGGUAGACGAGUAUUUGGGACAUUGAUAGGUGUCCAUUCUCUGGGCACUUCCUGCCCUCCUCUCCCCUUCUACCAUGGAAUUACCGUCCCGUGUGCCCAGUGGCUGCAAUCGCCUGCCUCAGUUACCUACUUUGGUUUCUGAUUCUCUACUGGUUUCUCGCUCCAAGGUCCUCUCUUUCCC